AUGGCCUGGAGAAACCACAGCACAAUCACUGAUUUCAUCCUUCUUGGGCUGCCUGCGGACCUCAGUGUCCAGGCAUGGCUCUUUGCCCUGGGGAUUUACCUCCUGACCCUAGUGGGGAACCUGCCAAUGCUGCUGGUGAUCAGAACUGAUUUUCACCUCCACACACCCAUAUACUUCUUCCUGAGUCACCUCUCCUUCCUGGAUCUUUGCUUUUCUUCAGUCACUAUGUCCAAGCUUCAGGAGAACCUCCUGUCUAAAAGGAAAAAUCGGGACGAAAUCAUUUCAAUAGAGGGAUGCAUGACUCAAGCCUUCUUUGCAGUUGCCAUUGCAGGAAAAGAAAUUUUACUGCUCUCUGCCGUGGCCUAUGACUGCUAUGCUGCCAUCUGUCACCCUCUGCUCUAUGGUCACAGCCAGCUGUAUAUGAGGUUGUUAUGGGCUUCAUGGACCCUGAGUUUCCUGGAUAAACUUACCAACAUCCUCCUGGCUAUGAACUUCUGUGCAGCCCAUACCAUCCAUCACUACAGCUGUGAGCUGCCCUCCCUCUUCCCUUUGUCCUGCUCUGACGUCUCUGCCAACCUCACCGACCCGGUAUGUUCCACACUCCUACAUGAUUUUGGUACAUUCUUCCUGAUCUUCAUCUCCUAUGUGCACAUUGUCUCCACCAUCCUGAGCAUCAGCUCCACCGCAGGCAGAAGCAAGGCCUUCUCCACUUGUUCCUCCCACCUCACUGCAGUGAGCUUCUUCCAUGGCUCGGCUUUCCCCCGUCAUCAAAUGCCAACCUCAGGAUCGGAGCUGAUCUUCUCUAUACAAUAUGGUGUGGUCACUCCUCUAGUGAAUCCCCUCAUCUGCAGCCUGAGAAACAAAGAAAAAAAAAGCAGCUCUGAAAAGAACCUUGGGAAAAUGUUUAUAACGGCACAGGUAGCAAGCUACAAAGAGAUGAUCAAUAAGGAAAGAACUACAGGCUUCAAGAUAUCUGUUGAGUUGUUACUACAAUCUUCCUGA